AUGGCGGAUCUUUCGGAUAUUGGACUCUACGGUCUUGCCGUGAUGGGUCAAAAUUUUGCCCUAAACAUGGCUUCCCAUGGUUUUAAAGUGUCUGUAAGCAAUCGUUCACCUGAUAAAGUCGAUGCGACUGUCCAACGGGCUAAAGACGAAGGCAAUUUGCCUCUUGUGGGAUACAAAGAUCUAAAGGAAUUUGUUGCAUCUCUUGCACGUCCUCGUAAGGUUAUUAUCCUUGUGGUUGCUGGUAAACCUGUUGAUUUAACGAUUGCCGCUCUCUCGGCCUUCAUGGAGCCCGGUGAUAUUCUCGUGGAUGGGGGUAAUGAAUGGUUUCCGAAUAGUAUACGUCGUGCCAGUGAAUUAGAGCCAAAGGGGAUUCAUUUUGUUGGGAUGGGAGUAUCUGGUGGAGAAGAAGGAGCACGGAAUGGACCAUCACUCAUGCCUGGAGGCCCAAAAGAAGCAUUUGAUGCACUUGAACCAAUUCUAAUCAAGUGUGCAGCUCAAGUUGAUGAUGGCGCGUGUACGACAUAUUUGGGUCCAAUUGGCUCGGGAAAUUAUGUUAAAAUGGUACAUAAUGGAAUUGAGUAUGGAGACAUGCAAUUAAUUGCUGAAGCUUAUGAUAUUCUCAAAAUUGCGGGAGGAUUGACCAAUGACGAGUUGGCAAGUGUCUUUGAUGAGUGGAAUAAAAGUGAAUUAGAAUCGUUUCUCAUUGAAAUUACAGCUCAAAUCUUUGCCAAGAAGGACGAUCUGGAAGAAGAAGGAUAUGUUGUGGACAAGAUUCUGGACAAGACGGGGAUGAAGGGUACGGGACGGUGGACAGUACAGGAAGCAGCUGAACGGUCUAUUGCUGCUCCUACAAUUACUGCGUCAUUGGAUGCUCGCUACUUGAGCGCUCGUAAGGACGAACGUGUCUUUGCUUCCAAGAUCCUAUCGGGUCCGUCGGAGAUCCCGGCCGUUGACAAGCAACAGCUCAUUGACGAUGUCCGUCAAGCUCUUUAUGCUUCCAAGAUCUGCUCGUACGCACAAGGUCUGAACCUUAUUCGUGAGGCUGGUACGCAAAUGGGUUGGAACGUCAGUUUGGGCGAAUGUGCUCGCAUCUGGAAGGGUGGCUGUAUCAUUCGUGCCAAGUUCCUUGACCGCAUCAAAGCGGCCUAUUCCAAGGAUGCGUCGCUCAUCUCGCUGCUGGUGGACCCGGACUUUGCCGCUGAACUGCAGGCUCGCCAGUAUUCGUGGCGUCGCGUCGUGUCGCUCGCUGUGGCUAGUGGCAUCCCGACGCCCUCGUUCUCGGGCUCUCUUAACUACUACGACACGUUCCGUCGUGAGCGUCUGCCGGCCAACCUGACCCAGGCCCAACGUGACUUUUUCGGUGGUCACACCUACGAGCGCACGGACCGCGAGGGACUGUUCCACUGCGCCUGGUCUGCUGCCCACCAUAGCAUUGGUGACGUGCAGGAGCGCAUUCGUGGCAACCUCUAA